AUGUCCUUCACACGCUCAAUACCAUUAUAUAAGGACUCGUCGAAGGCGGAGAAACCAGUUUUGCCCAAAAAAGUAGCUUGUCAAAUCUUGGUCAUCGACAGUCCUACUCAUAACUGGUCAGGGGACACAACCACCUUCUCUGAGGAAGACACAUUCAUUAUUCACUCCUAUAACAAUGACUCCAUGGAUUCCUGGGAAAUUCGGUGCAAGUUAAGAGUACCCUCUCCCAGAUGGGAGAGUAUGCGUUAUACAAGGGGGGAUAAGAAGACUGCUAAAAAUGUUAUGGGGAAUCUUCAGGCCGAAGAGUGUCAUAGUAGCAGCGAUAAACAUUAUGGACACGAAGCCGAAGCUGAUAGGAAAAGCUCCCACAGAAACCCUCGUGUAGGAAUUCAUACUGCCCCUAAAGGUGAUUACAUGUUGGAUCCUCAUGUAGGAAUCCUUGCCUCCCCUCGAGGAGUUCUUAUUGCCCCUCGAGAUGAUUACAUGUUAGAUCCUCACGUAGGAAUCCUUGUUGCCCCUCGAGGCGAUUACAUGUUGGAUCCUCGUGUAGGAAUCAUGGAUUCCCCUCUAGGUGGUUACAUGUUAGAUCCUCGUGUAGGAAUCCUUGUCUCCCCUCGAGGCGAUUACAUGUUGGAUCCUCAUGUAGAAAUUCAUGCCUCCCCUCGAGGCGAUUACAUGUUAGAUCUUCAUGUGGUAAUUCUUGUCAUCCCUAGAGGCAAUUACAUGUUUAAUCCUCGUGUAGGGAUCCUCGUCGCCCCUCGAGGUUAUUACAUGAUGGAUCCUUAG